CAGUUAUGCUUAAAUAAACCAUUUAAUUUGUUGAAUUUCAUAUGCAUAGAUAUAUGAUACAUCGAAACUUUAACAUGUCGGUUAUUUGAACGGAAAAUAACGACUGACACGACCAAAAAUUGCCCAAACCGAGAGCUCUGAAUGUUGCUGUUGUACCCGUAACUAAGGCAACGGUGAAGAAUGACGUGACUCGCGGGAGAACAAACGCUAAACGCACCACAGCAGCCGUGUACUGUUUCCUUCCUGUGUGGUGGCAAUAGUUAUUCAACAUGGAGAGACAAACUUUAGGGAAGGAGAGGCUGAUAGUGCCCACUGAUUUCACCUCACCAGCACUUCCGAGGGAGACUCCGGAGGACCUCAUACCGCCAUCGCAUUUUUCAUCAAGUGCCCAUUCUGCUGGAACAAACAGAUGUGUUCAAAUGCCGGCGACACAGCCACCCAUCUCCUGGAUAAACCAAGGCAUGAUAUCAGCACCAUCAUCAGGGGAACCAAGUCCUGCCAAUCCAUGGCUUGCCAUCAAUCAGGCCCAACAGGAAAUCUUGGAGCUGAGGAAGGAAAAUCAAAGGAUCUUGAUGCUACAAGGAGACAGCAUAAGGACCCCUGAUUAUCGUUCAGAUUGUAGAGCCAGAUCAAAAGACAGAGGAGAUAAUUGGUCUCGAUGGGAAUCAGAGUGGCGACUGGAGGCAGAAAAGCACAAGGCUGAAGCAGAGAGGUUAAAGGGGCAGGUGGAGGCACUAAAGGAGAUUGCAGAAAGAUGCAGGGAAGAGGUCAGAGACAAAGACAACACCCUUAGCAGACACAGCCAUGAGAUGGAAGCAAUACAUACGGAUCUAUCCAAGGCUAAGUCUGAACUCAGCCAAAUCAGAGAGGAGCUCAGUUUCUGCAGCGCACAGAAGGAAAAAAUAAGCUCACAGCUUGAAAGACUGAAAGCAGAGUCUGAUGAGGAAAUUACAAGGCUGAGGAGAGAUGCUGAAAGGAGCAAAGAAGAAUCCCGGGAGCUUGCUUUGAAGGUUGAAAUGGGCAGGUUGCAGGCUGAAGAGGAAGCCAAACAACAGACUCUCAGACUAUUAGAGCAACUAGAGGAAUUUCAGAACAACAAGGAGGUGGAGCUGCAACAGUUGAAUGCAUCCCAUCAUGCAGAGUUGGAUGCAGCACAAAAAACAAAUGGUGAACUACAGGACCGACUUCAGUCAAUGACCUCAGAACUGCUGCAGCUAAAGAACACUCUGAUGGAAGUAUCUACUGAGAGAAAUGGACUAAAAGAACAUUUAAGCCAAAUGGGACAAGCUUUUGAGACACAGUCUGCUACAUUGCAAAGCCUCAGAAAUUACAUCGGCCAGCUUGCACCAGAGAAAGGAGAGAGGGAACGAUUAAAUGAAGCUGUUGAGAGGCUGAACAAAGAGAAAGCUGCUCUUCAGACAACUGCAGAGCUUUUGACAGUCAGGCUUAACUCUGUGAAUGAGAUACUCGCCCUCCAAGAAGAGAAAAUGGUGAAAAAGGAUGUUUGCGGACCACGUCAGACAUCGAUGGAUCCACUUGUGGAGAAAGGAUCCGAAGGCCUUCAAGUGCUUCAGCUGUGGAGAGAGAAAGUGUUCAAGUUGUGUGUCCAGCUUCGCUCAAAGGACAUCGAGAUAAGAGGAGAAAAGGAAAAACUGAUUUCAAAAGUCAGAUUUGCAGAGCAGCAGCUGCAGCAGGAGCAGCACAGAGCUAGCGUGCUCCAACACAGCCUACAUGACAGGAUCGCUGAGCUGGACCUCGAGAGGGUGGAAAAGGAUGCACUGAAACAGGAUUUGGCCAGUGUUCACAAGGAAAAUGUUCAGUUGAAGUUACAGAGCCAGAAAGCAGAGGCUGAACUUAAAACCUUGACAGAGGCAGUGCAGAGAUUCUGUCAGGCGUUUGAAAGCAAGGUGGCAGAAGUGGAGGCAGCUAAAGCAAGGCUCAACACUUUUACCCAGAGGCUGACAUUUGCUAAAAGACGAGUGGAGACAGUCCAAGCUUUGGUCAUGAGGAAGGCAGCCCUGCAGAAAGUUGAACAGGCCUGUAAACAGCCAGAUAAGGAUGCUGAAAGCAUCAGAAACCUCCAGAUAGAGCACAGUUUGGUGUGCGAAGAGAGAGACAGACUCACUAGAGAGCUCAAAAGAACCCCAGAGCUUAUCGAGAACGCUCUCGCUGAUCUGAAAGAGCAAUAUGAGAGUAAAGUUAGGCUACAGCAGCAGGAGCUGGAGCAGAGCUGGGUGGAGCUGGAGCAGGCUGUAGCCGGUAGAGAGAAGGCUGAGCAGAACCUGCAGCAGAUCCAGGCCCAGCUGCAGGACACUAAGGUCACCCUGGAGAGAGUCCGCUGUGAGCUGCUCAGCCAGCAAGAGCAGAGUGAGCAGGCCCUGCAGGAAAGAGUGUCUGAGAUUGAGGAGCGGUGUUCUGAGAAGCUGAGAGAAAUGGAGGCUCAAGUCAGCACAGUCAGGAAAGAGCACACCAAAGCAGUUAUGACUUUGCGGGAGUUUGAGAGAGAGGCAGCAAAGAAACUGGAAGAGAUGAAGCAAAGCCGAAAUCCGGAGAGUGAAAACACAAAGAGGAAAGUCCAGCACAAUCAACUGAAGGAGACAGCGAAGGACAAAAACCAACACUUGGUCACGGUUGCCGAUAGAGGGCUGAUGAAGGAGCACCAGAGAGCUCAGGCGACAGCUCGGCAAAACUCUGCUGCUCCAUGGAAACCUCGACAAAACGCUUCAGAAUGGAGCUGUUCUGUAGGUGCACAAGUCCAACUACCUGCAGAUGAGAGACUUCUGUGUGUUUUGGAGGAGCUCCAUACUCUCAGUGCUGCAGUGGUAAACAGCUCUGAGGACUCUGCGGAGGAGGAAGGACAGAGUGACAGUGUGGAACCAUCCACUGGCAGUCUGCACAGCUGAUACCUGAAGAUGAGUCACUGCAGCCAAUCAUUGAAGACGUACGUUCCUGGAGAGGUGAUUCAUCAUGGCAAGCAGAGGAUGCAUGCGUCAAACUUAAAAUUUUAAGAAACUUAAUAGUGGAUGAUUUGAAGUUGAGUCUUGCAUUUAUAUUGAGGGCUCGUAAAGCAAUAUAUAAGACGUGAGAACAUUUAAAUUCUUUUAUUUUAAGCCUUUGAUACAAAAGUCUUUAAUGUAAUCAAUAACCCACAAAUAAACCAUACCAUUACAAUUUAAACUUAUCCACCACUACUGAUUCUAAUCUUGGUCAUAAGUUACGAUUGCGAUGUGUACUUUAGCUAAUAUCACUUCAUAUCAGGAGCAGCGACAUCCCACUAUCAGGGUAAUACUAAUAAUUCUGAGCCAUGUUAAACACAGGUGUAAGUUCUAACGCUUAUCUCAUGUCCUCAUUUCCACUACAACACCAGAAGAGGGCGAUGUUGUCAAAGAUGAGAGCAGCACAUAUGCUGCGGUCCGCCACUGUUUGGGGUUAAUCUUAAAAAAAAAUCUAAUUUCACCAUCCAUAAGAAAUAUUUCCAGAAUAAUUUAAUGCUGUUUCUCAACAAAUUUCAAACAACAUAAGGGAUCUGGGUUAAAACAUUUAGAAUAAAUAUUGCAGUAUUGUUGCUUUUUCCCUUAAGCCUGGAAAAAAAUUAUUUUACUAUUAGCAGCCUGGCUGAAUAUGUAAUUAUAGACAGGGGGGCAACUAAACAACACAGUGGGUGGCUAAUAAAUUAGGAAAGCACUGGAAUACAAACAAUAAAUGAAAUAAAUUGAAUAAUACCAAUAAUUUAACAAGAAGAAUAAACAAAGAAUUUUCAUGUUUGCAGAAAUAUCAACUGACAUGAAAACAGUUUUUUUAUUCCCUAAAAUCAGCUUCACUGAUACUGGAAAGUGUUGCUGUGUGCUUGUGUAUGAGAAAUCCUGCAUUUGCUUCUGAGGCUGAUACUGUGCUGUCAGAGUGCACUGUGUCAAAUCAGAGCAUCUGCUGUCAUUGGCCCUGCCUGUCAUUAAGAGUCUGCGUCAAGACUCAGUCCACUAGCUGUUUUUCUCAAGUGGAGUGCUGUUUCCAUUGCUUGUACAGUUUGGCGUUUUCAGUGGAAUGGUAAUGUUUUCUUAUCAAUAAAUGAUUUAUGGCCUGUA